AUGCAGGAUUUUGAAAAUGCAAUAAGUUGAAAGAAAUUGAUAUAGCUCAUAAACUUUUAUGGAUCGACCUUAUUGAAAAAUGUAAAUUUCACAUCCAUACAUCUUAGACCAGACCCUUUGUUAUUUAAGCUUGGGAUAGAAUUAAUUCUGGUCAUUCUUUCCUUCACCUCUCCUUUUUCUUCUCUAACCACUACAAGAAUAUUUAUAUCCACUGUCUUACGAAGAUCAGAGGAAAAAAUGUCAGAACUCCUCAUAGUAUUUUUUAUUUCAAAUAAAAACUUCAAAAUAAUUCUAAAUUAUCAUAAAAGAUGCUUCGAAGCCCAAUAA